CAAGAAUGUCCCGUCUUCAAUUACCUUCACAGAAGUCGACCGAUGAGUCAUUCGUAUUUCGGCAGCUAGAGCCACCACUUCUGGAACAUAUUUUCGCCUUAACACCGUGAUCGUGUCCAUCGUACGGCUCACCCGCAGUUUACCGCCAGUAGCGUGCUACUAGAAGCAUCGCGACGAGGCUGGCCGAUCCACAGGCUAAAGCUUGCCUCGUGCCUAUCGAUCACGAGUACAUCUUGCCGCUUCCUGCCACGAGUGCUAACCGUCUGCCUCCUCACGGGUCUGCUCCACAAAAGUUUUCCCUGAUUUCAGCUCCAGUGAAGUUACUCUCAGAUAGAACAGAAGUUUCCCGUAAUGCGCGAUAUGGCAGCAGCUUCCUCUUGGGAGUCCGGACUCACAUCGUGUGCCUCCAAGCGUGUUUCGCUAGUAUACGUGGCUCUGUUCGCGUUAGUGGUGGUCCCGUUACUGCUCUUCUUCGUCCUCGCGGACUCGCGGACGCUGUAUGCUGAUACAGCGAGCCUGCAUUUUUGGCUCGGCCCGGUUUCCGUGGCCGGCGGCGCCGGAUCCGGUCAGCAGUCCCUGAACGCGAAAGAUCAGGGUGUAUCAAACGCUGACGUGGUUACUGAUAGCAAUAGCAGCCAAGACCGGUGCCGAAGUCCGGAAACGGCGAUAGCAACGUCAGCAGACACGUCAGCAGAGCCCGAUCCGGUCUGUUGGUGGUCGGGCGACUAUGGCGGGUACGGCGGCGGGGAAUCCGGCUCGUCCGACACCAGCGGGGGGAGUAUGAACGCUCAAACGAACAGCCGGCGGAGAAGGAGGGGAGGAGGACGCUUAGGAGGCGUGUCGGUCUUCGGCGGGGGUUGUUCGCGGUGCACGGUGGGCGAGCUGUGCGCGUUCGAGAUCGCCAUCAGAGCGCCGGCCAAGUGGGUGGCCGUCCAAGCAAAGCCGAGCCAGACACGCGCCAGGAAGGCGCGCCCUAAACCGGCGGCUCGACGCGCCCUGAGCUCGCGUGUGUUUGAAGCUACUGAUGGAGGAUUCAACGGAUCCAGGAGUAGCGGCGGCAGCGGCCGGUCCCUAAGAGUGACUGGUUCUGGUUCUGAUAGCGCCGGCAAUAGUGGCGACGUCGGCAGUAGUGGCAGCGCCAGCAGGAGCAGCAGCAGCAGCAGCAGGCGUAUUGGAAUUGGCGGGUUCCGGGAGUCGCUGGUGGUGCGGCUGGUGGGGCCUGCGUUGGCUGUAGCGGAUGUGACUACAGAGGAGGGUGACGUCACGCGAUGGCGAGUGACGUACCGAGUGUGGGACGCAGGUAACUACAGCGUUCUGGUCCAAUCAGAGUGCGACACGUUGGACUUUGCUCCCGACUUCUUGGAGCGAGCGAACAGCACUAGAUCCCAUGUCAUGGCCGAGUGGGUCCUCACUGUCCUCCCAUCCACCGAUCCAGUGACCAAACCAGCUACCGAACCAUCCACUGAACCAGCCAUCGAGCCAGCUACCGAGUAUGCAAUGGACGGUCCAGAUUCGCCCUGCGACCACUCCAUCCACGCCCGGUGGCUCUUCCACCCCAAGGAACGCGCAUACACGUGGCAGUUCUACCCCUGCGCGCACCCGGUCCCCCCUCAAGAGCUCUGGCUCUCCGCCCUCCAAUCCCGGGGCAUUACCGAGAUGAACUUCGUCGGGGACUCGCACGUGCGGUUCUUAUUUCACCACCUCUUCUUCCUCCUCACUGGAAAGGCCAAUGCCUCCACUGUCUCAUUCCACGGAGACAUCCGAUUGGUCGUGCCGCCCCCCACGCCGAACCUGCAGCCAUUAAAGCUCAAUUUUUACUGGAUCGGAGGAAUUUUUGUCGACGGGCCUUUUGGCUGCAUCAACAAGCACGUCUGGGCGCUUCAAAAGAUCAACUUCCCAGAGAUCUCCCCCACGGCGCAGGUGACGCUGGUGGACGGUGGCUUCUGGACCGCCACUUUCUGUGACGAGCCCGAGAACGCGUUCGGGUAUUAUCUGCCUAACUUCCUGCAAUGGGUUUGGUCCAGGGUGGAACUGGCACGGCAGGCGCACCAGCAGCAGCAGCAGCAACAGCAACAGCAACAGCAACAGCAGGAGCAACAGCAGCAGCAGCAGCAGCAGCAGCAGCGGGGACUACAAACUCGGAAGCUGCAGGAGCAGCCGUUGCAGGGGCAGCAAUCGGCAGCACAAAUACGGAGGCUGCAGCAGCAGGGGGGUAAUCAGCCACAGGAGGUUGAGCCAGAGGCAGCAGCAGCAACACCACCGCCAGCCAAGGCCCCCUGGUUCUUAUACCGAAGCAUCCCUCCCAAGCGGCUCAACGACUAUUGUGAUGUCGGAACAAAUGCGCUCAUUUCGCAUAUGAAUAAUGUUGCCGCUGGACAUUUAGGGCGCUACGGGCUGCCGUUUUUCAAUGACUGGCUGAUUGCAGCGCCGAGACCCGAUGAUACGUGCGGGCACCAGGAUGUGCACUACACCUGCUUCUCUAAGGCCCGGAAAGGUAGGGAUACAACGACGGAGGGGAACUAUAAUGGCCCUGUGGGAGAGGCGAUGGUGUGGAAUUUUAUAUAUCAUCUCGUGUACAUGCUUGAUUAAAAUGUUGAACUAACGCCUGUUAAGUUCAGCAUUGAGAUUGUAGUUCAGGCAAUUAUUGUCUGUACAUGAGAAGUUCAUCAAGAUCUGGCAUGCACAUAUA